AGUAUGAUGAAGUAAAACGAAAUACAAGUUAUUCUUAAUUUGGCUCCACUUUGGAGCUAGCAAGCUCUUUUAACUUUGGCAACGGAUCGAAAGUUGUCUGGUGUUGAGGUGCAAUCAAUUUCGUAAAGAGAAGUGCAAAGUGCAAACAGUGAAUCCCUUUACCGAGGCGUCGAAGAGACCAAGCCAUCCUUACCUUUUAUAUCCCUGACCAACUUGAGGGUGGUAUUCUUCUUAGGUUUCCUCUUUUUCUUUUGCAAACGGUUUAUUGUACGAGUACGCUCUACUUUUGACGUAACUCAGUUGCAUUGAGAACCGGCUUUGAUAUCUUGAUCUAGCAUCGCGAGAUUUCAUAGCUAAUUCUUUCUGAGUAUUAUUCUAUUGUCGUGAUUCAGAUUGGCAUUGGGACUGGCAUUGGUAACCUCGCUUGGUUCAAUACGGAGGCUUCCAUAUCCAAUCCAUCAAUUUGAAUCUAGUUGUUCGGAUUGACCUGCAUUGGGUGUAGGCUUCAGCCACCGCCAUAAUCCGUUGUACCAAAAAAUCAAUUGUAAGUCAAGGCACUCUGUCCUCUCUCUAUCUCAAAAUCAUCUUGGUCCGAGAAAAGGUAAACGAGUAAACGGCUGAGCAAAGGUAAGAUCCUAAUUCAUGUCUUGCAUUGUAUAAUACCUAACUUACACAAGAAAUUCAAUUAAUGGUAAAACAGUAUAUCCAGAGUUUGUUGUUCUUCAUUCUUUGGGACAGUGGUGUUGGCUCUUGGCUCUAAAAGCCCUAUAACCGGAGAUGUUUAGAUAGGUCUAAACAACUUAAGCCUUAGUAAUAUAGGUGCUCUCUUUAAAGGGUGCUAUCUUGGCAGAUAACCUAUUGCUUGGUUCAGAGACUGGAUAGUCUCAUGUUCCGUUGUUGUUUUGGGAAUUAAAAUAAUUUAUUUGGAAAAGGGAGACCUUCAAUCUCAUCCUUGUACGGUACAGGAGUUAUGGUAUUGCUUGGACUUUGGACUUAAAAUGUACUUUGAGGGUUUGUGUCUUGUCCUUGCCGGAUGGGAUGGAGUUUCCAUACGUAUCUUCCAGAAUGGCGAUUUCCGUGCUUUUUCCGGCUCCCCGGUUCUUGUUGACCAUUUUCCAGACCUCACCCUUAUUUAAAUCAGAGACAGCUCAUGGAUGCUUUUUAAGACGCACAGUAUCAGAUACCUUUCAAACCUUCUCUGAACACUACACAGUCCGAACUUUUUUAGUCUCUCCCAAUACGAGAGCUUUCUCAUUCCUGUGAUGUUCCUAGAGAAACAUAUUUGGACUUGUUCGACUUUUUUCAAACCUGCUGAACUCUUUGGAGCCCAAAUGGGUGAAGUAUAUUCAAGAUGUGGCUGAACAAUCGACUUGUACAGAAUUAGCAUCGUGAUAAUUUCUCUGGACUUAAACGUGCGAUAUAUCCACCCACACAUCCUGAAUGCAAACAAACCAUCUGGCGGACGUUCUGUUCGGAUUUAGUCCCAAGCAUUCGACAAGGCAUGCCAUCCACAACUUUCUUCAAAACAUAUUCAACAAAUCGCAUCUGAAAUACUCUGUUGGUCUGUUUGUGGAUCUGAAUAAGGCCGUUGACAAUGUCCAGCACAACCCUCUUCUAACCAGAGGUAAAGGUAAAUGAUGAAAUUCUUGGUUAUUGCAGAGUUGAGGAUGGGCCAGAUUGAACAGAUUUUUUGUCAGCUCCCGUCGUUAGUGGCAUUUGGCCAGGAGCCGAACAAAGGUGCGUGACCGCCAAUACUCCAAGGGAUGUCGGGCCAAGGGCAAUAAGGUGUCCGGACAUCACCUCCGGAAAGGUCAGGUUCCCAAUACUGUUGGACACUAACCUGGCCAGCCCGAUGGUGAGGGGCUCGGUUUCGCAUAGGAAAUGCGUCCAUGCAUUGUUGGCAUAUUGGGGCACGCACAGGUAUCGUUUGAGGAACUUGGUGAAGGUGGCAUUGGCGGAUUUGAGGGCGGAUUGGGCGGAGUUGGGAGGCCAAAAGUGAAGGUCGUAGAGGAAAAUUGGAGUGAUGUAGGUCCGUAAGAGUUGAAGGACUAUUGGAAGCGGAAGAUUCUUGAUUCUUGAUUCUUGGACGUGCGAUUUUUACUCCUCCGACAAGAAUAAAAUAUAAAAGACUCUUAUCUUGGCCCAAUACAGCUCCCCGAAUGUGGUGCAUAUUAUAAUUAAAACCCAUGACGACGUUUUGCGUCUUUCGAAUCGAAACGAAAAGAAUCCAUUGAAACCCUUUUUCUUAGGCUAUGCCAAAUUUGAAUUGGAAUCAAAAUCUGUGAAAAUACAUCUGCUUUGAACCGUUGUUCGCUGCAUCCAGUGUGCACCUACAUUUUCAAAUCAACGAACCCGUAUUGCUAGUUACCUUUUUAUAAACAUGUUAGGAACUUUCAAUUUGUAGCAUGAUUGCAAGGUGUAUCUAGACUCAAAGCACAAGUCGCACGUCAACAUUCUGUUUCCUUAUUUCCUGUAUCGCUCUGUGACUUGAUAAAACUACAGUAGAUUGCAUUACCACAAUAUCGCCAUCCAAUCAAUGCCAAAGAACGUCUCGGUCAAUGUAUACUACAUGAAUUAGCAACCAUUACCAACAUGGCUGUUCGUCCCUUGAACGAUACAGGACAUAUUUAUUCGGAUCACCACAAGGGUUCGCUUGUCCACAAGCAGAUUGGACUCUGGUCUGCUUCAUAACUCACAACGGGAAAAGACAAGAGGGCGGCGAAUUGACGCAGAAAGUUGUAUAAAAUGAUUCGGCGGACUAAGAAUCAAUGCAGUUCGCUUCGCCAAGUCUAUCAAAUCUCACAGCAACAAAACAGCAACCAUGGUUUUUAAGCUGGUAACCGUUUUUGUGGUUCCUCUGGCCACUAUGGUCCUGGCAGCCACUCCCGGACCCUACCAUGCUCCUCCCACGCCUUAUGCUCCCCAUCACCCGGGACCUGUCUACCCUAAGCAUCACCAAGCCCCACCUCAUCAUCCUGCUCCGCACGCUCCUCAGGGGUAUUGUGAUCCCAAAGCUCCCCCUAAGUGUGCCCAUCACUCCGACCUUCCCUUUUGCUUGGAGGACCCCGAAUAUCCCGAGUAUGAGAUCGCCAACAAGAUCAGUCAAGAUCCCAUCUUUGAGAAGAAGUAUUCAGAUGUGCCCGAUCAAUCCGCCGAUGACCUGGUUGAGCAUAUCAGCGAGUAUCAGGAGGAUGCCUUCAAUUACGCCUACUAUAUGGGUGCUUCCAAGGGCCACUCUCCUUUCGACCUGUCUCAUUGGGCUGGCCCUGAGGGCUAUCUUUGUCCCUCCCAGGUAGAUUACGCCAAGAUUAAACGGGCCGUGAAUGUGGAAGGAUACUGGCGAAUCAUUCUCCAACACGCCCCCAAGGAGUACGGUUACGCCAGUUAUAACUACACUCAAACCACCCGUCUUGAGACCUGCCUCACUCCCGAUAGUGCCUGUCGUCUCCUUGCCCCUUGCUACAACUCCAAGUGCACCCAAAAGUACGUGUACCACCGCAUGGUCUCAGUGGAUCCUUGUGAUCUGUACCGUGGGUUCUUCAUCGAUACCUACAAGCUUCCAUCCGCAUGCUCUUGUCAUGUGCCCCACUAAGUUAUUGGGAUUGAUCCCUUUGACCACCCGCCCACCCACCAGCCUCCUCAACUCUAUAGACUCGUACCCCUCAGAUCCCAAGACUUGUUACGACUAUUUAUUCAUUUUAUUUAUCGCCCAUCCAAGACCAGACUAUUCCUGUGAGUUUGGUCGUCAUAUUCCAACUCUGAAGAAUGCUAGUGUGCAAGAGCAGACCUGGAUUAGCCUCUCUCCCUGGUGUUGAUCACAUCACUCUCAUGGCGUAAGGAACUGCGAACCAACAUCGAAAAAACGCCCACCGUGAACAUGACCUCGGAGAUCUGAUAUGUCCAGGAAUUUCUGCUUCUAUUUCUGUGUCUUCCGUGUUUCCAAUGUAUUUAAUCCACUGGUGUUCCUGCCAAGAAUUGUGAUAUUUGCCAUUUUUGUGGUGCGAUUAUGUUGCUGUGAGAUUUGUCAAAUAGAGAAGCGAACUACUUAACA